AGUAGUUCUCCACCCAUCGGCCGAUAGAGAAGACGCAGUUCAACAGACGCACGUCCUUCAUCUAAACAUAUGGCAAAAACAGCCUUCUUUCUUUCUUUCAUCGUUGUGCCCACUACUCUUUAAAAAUUCCGCCGAAAAAGAGAAGACGAUUUUCCAAAACAUUCUGGCCGUUAUCUCACGUAAGUACAGCCAAACACUACGGUUGGUUUCCUUGGAUUCAGCAGUCAGACGUAACAUGGCGGGCUGGUCUUUCUGCCUUCUUGCCGCACAUGACAGACCGAUUCAUUGAAUUCUGUGUAUCUGACAGAAAUCAUUUCCAAUGUGUUGCUAACAGUGAAUUAUGACGCCUUACUAACGCUCCGCUUCAUUGUUUAUCCCUUUUGUGUUAGCCUUGAUAGUUUGUUUGUGUUUUUAAACAAAAUACACCGCUAACGUAAGCUUCUUCUUCGACGUGCUGUCGGCAGCCAGCUCAACAUUAGCAGCCCUCGCGCUGCCUGGAAUCCCUGAUCAGCGCGUGUCCUCGCAAUGGCGUUUGCAGGGUUUAAUCCAGCUGACAGUUUCAUUUAUUUUUACGUUUUUUACGAUACAACCAUCAAUGUUAUUUGCGUGAUGUAGGUCUCCGUGUAUUGUUUUGAUGACGUAUGACAAUAAUUAUAUCUCGUUACCCAAUACCCGUUAUUCUGAUGUCACAGCUAUAAAAUGAUCACAGUCCCACUAUGAUUUUAUGAAGCAAUGAUGUUGUAAGAAAUCACAAGAUACAUGUUUAUUGGGUUAAUAACGAAGCCACGUGAACUGCCGCGAGAGUUGCUUCACAUAUUGAUUGUGUACAUAAAAAUUUGACCUCAGUGACAAAAAUGUUACUCUACAGAUGAUGGUGAUGAAUUAUAUAAAAUUUGUUCAAAUUUUUAGUAACUCAAGAAGCCCAGCUAAGGAUUUAAAUUCAUGUGACUUUCAUGUUCUUCCUUUCAUGUUGUUUUUUUAAUGUUUUGUAACCUUACACUCUGGAUCUCGGUCUCUUUAGGGCUCCCCUGUCUCUGCACAGGUGUAUGAGCGCUACCCAGAGGGCCUAGGGGCGGCUCUUUACCGGGAGCACUUUGACUUCAACGCUGAGCCGCCUUGGGAUCCUAGCUGAUAGCGGGACAGGUCCAUCUCCUGACUUGUCCAUGUGAGUGUCUGAGUAUUAUUUGUACACACAUUGAGGCGUGCUGGCUUUUCACCAACACCUGUAACAAAGUCCAGAAGAGUUGUGAUGUAAUAAGUACCCAUAACACAGAGUGAUUACUCAUGUUUACUCAGAGUUGUAAAUAUUUUUAUUGUCGACUCAACAGAUUGACCUAAAAAUUCGGUGUUCUAGUAGACACUUUUUAAGAAUUAUCCAAGGAAAAUAAAUAUUUCCCUUCUUCCUUUUUGACUGAAAAAAUCAGGAAAAGAAAUGUCAAAAUGUUUUCAAUCAGUAUUCAAUUUGUCUGUGCUAAAAAUCUUACCAGAUGUUUUUGUUUUCUCCUUUUUAUCCCCCAGUUUGUUGCAUACCGGCAGGACCCAUUGGCUCAGUCGUGACCCUUGACUUGCUUAUCUGAUCUUUAUGAUUGUCGGCGUAGCGGAAUACGGUUGAGAUGAAAGGACUCGCUGACAAACCCAGCUACACCAUUGAACUCCUGGAGGGAGGAGUAACUCUUGAGGAUGUCAUUGACGGACACAUCUGCGAACAGACUCUGGUCAGUUUAGCUUUAGGAUUAAAUCUUUCUAACAGUUUGGCUUCCCCUUGUUGAUAGUUGAGAAAUUGAACACUAUGUUAGCUACUGACCUGCCUUCUUUCCUUAGAUGUGUAGUAUUUAAAUGUUUUUUAUUGGUCUCACCUGUUGAUUUGUGAACUAAGUGCAUGUCUUUUGUGUCCCCAGGUGGAGAAGAGUGCUUUUGUGGUGGGGGACCUUGGUGCCAUAAUGCAGCAGCAUGUGUGCUGGCAGAAUGUGGUGCCACAGCUUCAGCCCUACUACCCAGUCAAGUGCAACAGCAGCCCUGCUGUCAUUGAGGUUCUAGCCUCCUUGGGUCUGGGUUUUGUUUGUACCAACAAGGUAAACUUUGAACACAGAAGCCGAUUUAAGCAGGUUAAUGUAAAACUGCCCUGUGAGGCAUUAUCAUUGCCCUUGAUGCAUGUGGGCCAAAAUUAAAGGCAUUCAAUUUAUGGCUAUUCAGCUGUUUACUGCUAUUCUUUUAACUUGUGCAAUACACUAUCCUGAUUCCUUUGGGUUAUUAAGACUCUUAUGUUAAAUUCCUUUUUGUGCAUGUCUUCUUUCCCUCAGGCUGAAGUUAGUUUGGUGCUGGAGCACGGCGUACCACCUGAAAACAUCAUUCUGUCAGGUGUGUGCAAGCAGCUGGCACAUAUCAAGCAUGCUGCCAAGAAUAACAUCCAGCAUCUUGUGUGCGAAAAUGAGGCGGAGUUGACCAAGAUUUCCCGCCUGCACCCAAAUGCAAAGUAAGUGGAGUAUUAGUUAAUUAUUAAGUACUUCAUAUCUCAUGUACUGAGUGACGCUGUUAUUGUUUUGAUAGACAAGUCAGCUGUUGUUUUUUAUUGAACUGAAAAUGACUUUGGUAAAAUAAAGAAGUGAGUGCAACUUGCAUAAGAAGUGUUUUUUAUUCAACGUUUAGAUCCCUGGCUGAUGUUUGAUCUGUUUGUAGGUUGCUGCUGCAGUUGAGCACCAAGGCCCAGGCAGCAGAGACCAGCAUGGUCUUUGGUUUCUCUCUGAAGAGCUGCCGACACCUGCUGGAAGCAGCUAAGGAGCUGGGGGUUCAAGUGGUUGGGGUAACUUUUCAAAUCCCAAGCACUUGCCAGGAUCUGCAGGAGGCCUACACCCACGCACUAUCGGACGCUCGCUGUGUGUUUGACAUGGGGGUGAGUGUUGUUUGGGCAUUGUCAUUAAUUACCAAAUGAACAAGUGGAAAUAGAGUACAAACGUACAGGAGAUAUUACGAACAUAACACCUGACUCUGUGCUGUGUCUGUACAGGCUGAUUUGGGCUUUGACAUGAACAUCCUGGACAUUGGUGGUGGCUUCACUGGCUCUGAGUUUCAGCUCAAACAGGUAAAUAAACACAGUAUGAUUCCUAACACUUCAUUCAGACCUCAAAGCUCACUGUGUCACUUUUUGGUAGCUCUGACAUUGCACAGUUUUCACUGAUAGAUGUGUAAAAUAUAGAGGUCUUCUCUGUAAUUAUUCAGUGAUUUAAUUUUAAAGUCCAUUACUAUUUUUAUUGUGUCAGGGAAAAUAGCUAAAAUUAUAUGUACUGUGUCUUGAUAUAUGCAGGUUGAGUCUGCAGUCAGGCCGCUGCUUGAUGCCUACUUCAGCCCACUUUCUGGUGUGCAAGUGUUGGCCCAGCCAGGCAGCUUCUAUGUGGCCCCAGCUUUCAGCCUUGUUGUCAACGUAAUCGACAAAAAGGUGGUGACCUCCCAGUGGGACGGCCUUGCUCCAAGUGAGUGACUUCAUUUUCUCAAUGUUCUCUUUGUCCUUUUAAGUUCUAUUCAACUCGAUAAUACCUGUCUGUCUGUGCCCUGAUUGUGAAUCAGCGCAGACAAUGAUAUCCAGUUUUAUAAAAGACAAAGUGUUCACACUUUUUACAAACAAGCGUUGCAUAAUCAAAACAGAACAAUCAGGGAUCAAGAUGCAACCGUAAAUAAUACAGUUUGUUCUUUUAUUUCUUACAUGGUUGCCCUCUCUAUUUACACAGGCGAGAACAAUGAAGAUACAGAGUUCCUGUACCACAUGAAUGAGGGUGUUUACGGCCCAUUCAGCCGCAAGCUGCUGGGAAACACCAUUGCUGCCCCGUCUGCACACAAGGUUAGUAGGUCUCCGCCCAAGAGUCAACCCCAUUCAGGACAGAAAGAAACAUCUGAUAGCAGAUGAGGUUGAAUGUGAAAAAGAGUUCAUGCAUUAUGAGUAUAUGAGGAAGAAAGGUCAGAAAUUUUUUAGAAAGGGAGUCACUUUGCCCCACACAAAGACUCCCAUAUAAGUUUCGGGAAUGGAAGAAAGAGAUAUUUAAACAGGAAGUAGUGACAGUUGUCAAAGAUUGAAUGCCAACCGAUGAAAAGCUGUUGCUGCUCAGCCAUCUUUACUUUACUGGAACCAUAAGUGACAGCUUUACCCUAAAAUAAAAUACCCUGAAAUAGAUUAAAUUAACAAAGAAAGAUUAAUUAGGAAAUGAAUAAAAACAUUUGUAAGCUUUUAAGGACUAUAAGUGAUGACGUUAUAUUUAAAAUAUCCUCCUGGUAUCACAGCCUCUGUUUCAGACUGUAAUCCUACAGCUUUUGCUCUCUCCUGUUUUGAGUGUUUACUAAAAUUUUUGAUCAACCUGUUUUCUCUUUGCAGCACGUGCUGAAUGCAGAGGAGGCAGUGUAUCCCAGCAGCCUGUGGGGCCCAUCCCUGGACCAGCUAGACUGUGUGGUGGAGCGCUGCCUGCUGCCUGAGCUCAGCGUGGGGGACUGGCUUCUCUUCUCCAACAUGGGAGCCUGUGGCCUGGAGGAGUUAAGCUCCUCCCAGCUGCCCAUCUAUUACACUGUCUCCACCUGUGACUGGUGAGUUAGAGUUUCAAGGUUCACCGCCUGUGCAGUAAUGCAGUAGAUGUGAGACUCAAGGAGGGGACUGAUCCUGAUGUUUUGUUGUUCACAGGUACGAAAUGCAGGAGGCUGGUGUGGCUCUGGACAGCGCCAUGAAGAAUUUCUCCAUGGUCCAGUACAGCGUGUAACUACCCUCUGCCCCUGUUCCUGUACUUCGCUGACAGAUCCUCUCGAGCAUUCAACAUGUGGCAAGAGGGGUCAGUGAGGUACAAGGGACAGGGGGUAAAUGUAGUAAACAUUCCAGCCACCUUGGAAAACGCAGUGUGUCCUAUUAUUUCUUCCAGGAAUUUGACUUUCUUGCCUCCCAAAAAUGUAAGAAAAAAGGUUGUUCAAUACCUCAACUGGCUUCAAAUCUAAUCUGGAAGAUAAUCCUCUUGUUUUGCUCCUCCCUCACAUGGACUCUGAAUAUUAGUCAGCUAAAAGAACUCUAGCCCAAGCUCAAAUGACAUUAUGCAACAAAAUGGACGACUCUUUGGAGAUGGGACCCCUCAACAUGUUUGAGGCGGUUUUUGUUUCCUAAAUCAAAUCCAGUUUACAAAAUGUACAAUUGAUUAAAAUCAUAUUCUCUAUUGAUUACCUGUUGACAGUCGUGUAAAUUCUGUGUCUGAUCAACUUCAACAUAUUUGUCUGUAGAUGAUUUUUGAAGUGUUUAAAAGAAUCAUUGCCUCAUGUGGAUUCUGUACUGCAGGCCAUUCAUUUUGCAUCAAUGAAAUUAAGACAAUGAUGUAACCUCCUUCUUUAUUGCAGCUCACCUCAAUGCGUUUUUAUUUAUUGGAUUCUGAUAUUACUGGGGCAUAUUUAAAGCUCCAUCUUUAAGUGUGUUUUGCCCAGGUGUUAUGCUGUGGCCCAUCUAACAGUGUUUUCCUGACAAGAUAUUGAUGUGUUUUUUAACGCUACAUGGAUUAAGUGUGCUGUGAUUUCCAUUUGUGACCUCAGUGGUUUCCCUUUACUCAAAAGGCAUGAUACAACCCAAUGCACUCCUUGCCUCUAAUAGAGAGCAGUCAAUCUGGUUCAAAAUGCACAAAAUCUUUUUGUAGGUAAAUACUGUGAUAUCAAAUAACAGAGCCCCUAUUUUUCAGGUCUUUGCCAAGGGAUUCAUCCUUGUUCAGAGAUCUGAAAAUUUCAAAACAGGAGAGGUUUUUUUUAAAUGGUUGAACAGAAACGAUCUGCUUUUGGCAGACGUGGAUGUUCAUGUUUGUAUCUCAAGUAUAGGACCUGCUACAAAGACCUCUCUGAGAUUGCGCAAACAUAUAAAGCCUAACCUUUCCUCAUGCCUCCCUGAAGUAAUGAGGGAAAUAAUGCACAGUCUCAUGUACAGCUAAAUGUCUCAUGUUUAAUAAUAUGGUGACCUGACUUAACUGCAGUUUUUGAAGAAUCCUGCCCUUGUGUGUUACAAUUGAAUAAUGUAUUAAUUACUUGCUUGUCUAAGGCACUAAUGGACCAUAGCCUGUUUUUGACUGUAAAUUGUGCUUGUUAAAGUAAUGAAAGUGAUUAAUUUAAUACAUUUCUGACUGAAAUUACA